GUUUGCUUUCUUUCUUUAAAUAGCUUUUGAUUUGUGAGUCCCCGACGACUACAAGAUCGCAUAUUUACCCCCCAAUUAAAGCUCAUCCUGUAACUACAACUACACUGCACCAACACCAAAGACUCUCUCUCUCUCUCUCUCUCUAUCUCUCCAUUUCUUUUUGCAUACUCUGCUCUCUUGUUGAACUUCAAUCUCUGCAAUUCCAUUCCUGCCAUGGCUAAUAUUCUCGCCCCAGCUCUGGACAAAAAAUUGGUUUUGCGUGAAGAUUCUAAAGAUGAAUCAUCGGAUAAAAAAGGAGGGUCACAAGAUGACAAGUCCCUGGUUGUUUGCUUCGGGGAAAUGCUAAUCGACUUUGUGCCCACAGUUAGUGGAGUUUCACUUGCUGAAGCAUCUGCUUUUAAAAAAGCUCCUGGUGGUGCUCCUGCUAAUGUCGCUGUUGGUGUUGCAAGACUGGGUGGUUCAGCAGGUUUCAUAGGCAAGGUAGGCGAUGAUGAAUUUGGAUACAUGUUGUCUGACAUUCUAAAACAAAACAAUGUUGACAAUUCUGGCGUUCGAUUUGACCCCAAUGCAAGAACUGCAUUGGCUUUUGUUACACUCAGAGCUGACGGAGAGCGUGAAUUCCUGUUUUUCCGUCAUCCAAGUGCUGAUAUGCUUCUACGUGAAUCAGAGCUUGACAUAAAUCUAAUUAAGAAGGCAAAGAUCUUCCAUUAUGGUUCAAUUAGUUUGAUUGAUGAACCAUGCAGGUCAACCCAUCUAGCUGCUAUGAAAAUUGCCAAGGAGUCUGGUUGCAUCCUUUCUUAUGACCCAAAUUUAAGAUUGCCGUUGUGGCCGUCGGAAGAUGCUGCACGGAAAGGCAUAAUGAGUAUAUGGGAUCAAGCAGAUAUAAUCAAGAUAAGCGAGGAUGAAAUUAGAUUCCUGACUGGUGGUGAUGAUCCUUAUGAUGAUAAUGUGGUGUUAACGAAGCUUUUUCAUCCCAAUCUUAGACUGUUGGUAGUAACUGAGGGUUCAGAGGGUUGCAGAUAUUACACUCAGAAAUUUCACGGCCGGGUUGGUGGUGUUAAAGUUAAAGCUGUUGACACAACUGGUGCUGGUGAUGCAUUCGUCAGUGGGGUACUGGACAGCAUAGCUUCUAACUUGAGUCUUUUUCAGGAUGAGAAGGGGCUACGAGAAGCUCUACUCUUCGCAAAUGCAUGCGGUGCGCUCACAGUAACAGAAAGAGGAGCCAUUCCUGCAAUGCCGACGAGAGAAGCGGUGCUCCAGUGCUUAAAGCAGGCUGCUGAGAAAAACUAGACGACAAUAGUCGGAAUUCAUGUAUCAAUCGUAGUGUAAUUUGAGUGUUAAUCUGAGUUUCUUUGCUGAGAUACCAUUGAGCUUGUUGCUCCUGGAGACCUCCCUGCUAUAUAUUUUCGAUUCAACCCCACCCUUCGGUUUAUCUCGGAGGUGUCUGUGUCGUAGGGUACUGGUGGUUACUAUGUAAACCACUGCCAAUAAAAAAUUUCAAGUUCAAAUUGUCA